CAAAAGAAGCGCCAACGAAUUUGGAUCCCUCAAUUCCACCGGAUAUCCAAAUCGCACCGGAACUUUGUUCUAUUCUGCUCUCCGUCACUCAAUUGCAAUCGGGUAAUUUGUCUGUUUUCCUUUCUCCUCGCCAUUCUUCUGCUGCAAUUCCUCAUCCAUUUCCAUCCUGGCAUCGCUCUCCCUCGGUAACUUCCUUUCACCACGUUUUCCUGAUCGUGUUUGGCUUUUGUUAAUCCACCCAAGUUGGAAAUCGAUUGCUCUACUUUCUGGCGAUUUCCCCAAUCCCGCGGUCCGUCUGUCAGUUAAUCCGCCUGAAUCAUUUCUGAUUUCAUUGGGCUCGCAUACUAGGCCACGCAUUUAACUGCUCGUCCGUCGCAACUCAGAACCCUGUUUGUCUCCUGAGAAAACCUUCUGACGCUAAUUUAAUCGCUGUAGCAAAGUUUAGGAUGCACUUUUCCCUUCGAUCCAGCUCCUCAUCCUGUAUGAAGUACAUGAUCCCCUGUUUUAUCAUUUUGGCCUUCUUGGGUUGCUCUUGCUCAUGCUACUAUUCAGAUUCCGUCUCUAGUUUACCGAACCCUGGAAGAGUGCUUUCUACCUACAACACUUUCCUUCGCCUAAUGAAAACUAGUCUAAUUUCAGGCUGAAUCUAAUAUCCUACUUGCGAUGGACCGCCUCAAGGAUCCUGCUCGUCUUAUGAUAGUCUCGGAUCUUGAUCAUACCAUGGUUGAUCACCAUGACGAGGAGAACAUGUCUCUCCUUAGGUUCAAUGCAUUGUGGGAAGCCCACUACCGGUUCGACUCUCUCCUGGUGUUCUCCACCGGGAGGUCACCUACGCUGUAUAAAGAGUUGAGGAAGGAGAAACCCAUGUUGACGCCUGACAUAACUAUAAUGUCUGUGGGAACUGAGAUCACUUAUGGUAACUCUAUGGUCCCUGACGAUGGUUGGGUUGAAGUUCUGAAUCACAAAUGGGACAGGAAAGUUGUUACAGAGGAGACUAGCAAGUUUUCUGAACUUAAGCUCCAGUCAGAGACAGAGCAGCGACCUCACAAGAUUAGCUUCUAUGUGGAUAAAGCUAAGGCUCAGGAUGUGAUAAAGGCCCUCUCUGAUAUAUUCCAGAAACGUGGGUUGGAUGUGAAGAUAAUUUACAGUGGAGGGAUGGAUUUAGAUAUCCUUCCACAAGGAGCUGGAAAAGGCCAAGCUCUGGCAUACUUGCAUAAGAAGUUCAAGAGUGAGGGGAAACUACCAAAGAAUACUCUUGUCUGUGGUGACUCUGGAAAUGAUGCAGAACUAUUCACCAUUCCUGAUGUGCAUGGAGUUAUGGUUAGCAAUGCUCAAGAAGAACUUCUGCAGUGGUAUAAUGAAAACGCUAAGAGCAACCCUAAAGUAAUCCAUGCAACAGAGAGGUGUGCAGCUGGCAUUAUUCAGGCCAUUGGUCAUUUUGGACUUGGCCCAAAUACUUCCCCAAGAGAUGUAACCAAGCCUACUGAAGGUGAUGCACAAAGCAUCCAUCCCAAUCAUGAAUUGGUCAAAUUCUUCUUGUUCUUGGAGAAAUGGAGGCGCGCAGAAAUCGAGAAUUCAGAGUCAUUUUUGUCAAGUCUCAAAGCUGAUUCAGAUGCGUCUGGGAAUCUUGUUCAUCCAUCUGGUGCUGAGCUUUCUCUCUCUGAUGCUCUGAAUAAAAUUAGGAGUUGCUACGGUGACAAGCAGGGGAAACAGUUCUGGUUCUGGGUGGACCAGGUUUCAUCCAUCCCAAUUGGCUCAAAUACAUGGCUAACAAAGUUCUAUAAGUGGGAACAAUCAGGUAAGAACCUUUCUUGAGGAUCCAAACUUCGUUAUCAUGAUAUUAGAGUGACACGAUUCAAAAUAACUAGUGGGAAAUGUAAACUGACGCAGUAUAGAAUUUUUCUAAACAUUAUAUGGUAGUACAGCCCUGAUAUUCUUGUAUAAAGCCUCUGAAUGAAUUGCUUGCAGAGGAGGAAAGGCAAGGUUGCGUGACCACGUGUAUAGUUAGUUUGAAGGCUGGCAAUCCGACUCCAACGUUUUUGCAUGUGCACCAGACAUGGUUGGAAGUAUCAGCAGCUUCUAAAGAUGACUCUACCUGGAUCUUUUAGAUCUCUCUCUUCCUCUCUCUCUGUAACAUCCAGGGAAAAAGAAAGGAAAAAGUUUGGUUUACUGGAAAUAAGCAGCCCAACCUACUAGUGUUGCGAUUGUUUUUUGUAAUAGGGUCAUCUCAUUUCCAUCCAUCACAAAGUACGUACACAGCCAAGGAUGAUGAUUGAUGGGUUACAUUACCUGAUUAAUAUAAUGCUGCUGCUGCUAUGCCUUCCAAUUAUCUUGCCGUUGCUUUCACGUUAGUAGUGAUCUGAUAUUGUGUUGUCCUUGAUGUACGUGGAAACUGUUUUGCU